UAAACACAAUGAGUACAGCUUCAAGGUAGGGGCGGACGAUACACACAUUUAAACACAAUGAGUACAGCUUCAAGGUAGGGGCGGACGAUACACACAUUUAAACACAAUGAGUACAGCUUCAAGGUAGUUGCGGACGAUACACACAUUUACACACAAUGAGUACAGCUUCAAGGUAGGGGCGGACAUUACACACAAUGAGUACAGCUUCAAGGUAGGGGCGGACAUUACACACAAUGAGUACAGCUUCAAGGUAGGGGCGGACGAUACACACAUUUACACACAACGAGUACAGCUUCAAGGUAGGGGCGGACAUUACACACAUUUACACACAAUGAGUACAGCUUCAAGGUAGUUGCGGACGAUACACACAUUUACACACAAUGAGUACAGCUUCAAGGUAGGGGCGGACGAUACACACAUUUACACACAAUGAGUACAGCUUCAAGGUAGGGGCGGACGAUACACACAUUUACACACAAUGAGUACAGCUUCAAGGUAGGGGCGGACAAUACACACAUUUACACACAACGAGUACAGCUUCAAGGUAGGGGCGGACGAUACACACAUUUACACACAAUGAGUACAGCUUCAAGGUAGUUGCGGACGAUACACACAUUUACACACAAUGAGUACAGCUUCAAGGUAGGGGCGGACAUUACACACAACGAGUACAGCUUCAAGGUAGGGGCGGACAAUACACACAUUUACACACAAUGAGUACAGCUUCAAGGUAGUUGCGGACGAUACACACAUUUACACACAAUGAGUACAGCUUCAAGGUAGGGGCGGACAUUACACACAUUUACACACAAUGAGUACAGCUUCAAGGUAGGGGCGGACGAUACACACAUUUACACACAACGAGUACAGCUUCAAGGUAGGGGCGGACGAUACACACAUUUACACACAACGAGUACAGCUUCAAGGUAGGGGCGGACGAUACACACAUUUACACACAAUGAGUACAGCUUCAAGGUAGGGGCGGACAUUACACACAUUUACACACAAUGAGUACAGCUUCAAGGUAGGGGCGGACAUUACACACAUUUACACACAACGAGUACAGCUUCAAGGUAGGGGCGGACGAUACACACAUUUACACACAACGAGUACAGCUUCAAGGUAGGGGCGGACGAUACACACAUUUACACACAAUGAGUACAGCUUCAAGGUAGUUGCGGACGAUACACACAUUUACACACAACGAGUACAGCUUCAAGGUAGGGGCGGACGAUACACACAUUUACACACAAUGAGUACAGCUUCAAGGUAGGGGCGGACGAUACACACAUUUACACACAAUGAGUACAGCUUCAAGGUAGUUGCGGACGAUACACACAUUUACACACAACGAGUACAGCUUCAAGGUAGGGGCGGACGAUACACACAUUUACACACAAUGAGUACAGCUUCAAGGUAGGGGCGGACGAUACACACAUUUACACACAAUGAGUACAGCUUCAAGGUAGGGGCGGACGAUACACACAUUUACACACAAUGAGUACAGCUUCAAGGUAGGGGCGGACGAUACACACAUUUACACACAAUGAGUACAGCUUCAAGGUAGGGGCGGACGAUACACACAUUUAAACACAAUGAGUACAGCUUCAAGGUAGGGGCGGACAUUACACACAUUUACACACAAUGAGUACAGCUUCAAGGUAGGGGCGGACGAUACACACAUUUACACACAAUGAGUACAGCUUCAAGGUAGGGGCGGACGAUACACACAUUUACACACAAUGAGUACAGCUUCAAGGUAGGGGCGGACAUUACACACAAUGAGUACAGCUUCAAGGUAGGGGCGGACAUUACACACAACGAGUACAGCUUCAAGGUAGGGGCGGACGAUACACACAUUUACACACAAUGAGUACAGCUUCAAGGUAGGGGCGGACGAUACACACAUUUACACACAACGAGUACAGCUUCAAGGUAGGGGCGGACGAUACACACAUUUACACACAAUGAGUACAGCUUCAAGGUAGGGGCGGACGAUACACACAUUUACACACAAUGAGUACAGCUUCAAGGUAGGGGCGGACGAUACACACAUUUACACACAACGAGUACAGCUUCAAGGUAGGGGCGGACGAUACACACAUUUACACACAAUGAGUACAGCUUCAAGGUAGGGGCGGACGAUACACACAUUUACACACAACGAGUACAGCUUCAAGGUAGGGGCGGACGAUACACACAUUUAAACACAAUGAGUACAGCUUCAAGGUAGUUGCGGACGAUACACACAUUUACACACAAUGAGUACAGCUUCAAGGUAGGGGCGGACAUUACACACAUUUACACACAAUGAGUACAGCUUCAAGGUAGGGGCGGACAUUACACACAUUUACACACAAUGAGUACAGCUUCAAGGUAGGGGCGGACGAUACACACAUUUACACACAACGAGUACAGCUUCAAGGUAGGGGCGGACGAUACACACAUUUACACACAAUGAGUACAGCUUCAAGGUAGGGGCGGACAUUACACACAUUUACACACAAUGAGUACAGCUUCAAGGUAGGGGCGGACGAUACACACAUUUAAACACAAUGAGUACAGCUUCAAGGUAGUUGCGGACGAUACACACAUUUACACACAACGAGUACAGCUUCAAGGUAGGGGCGGACGAUACACACAUUUACACACAAUGAGUACAGCUUCAAGGUAGGGGCGGACGAUACACACAUUUACACACAAUGAGUACAGCUUCAAGGUAGGGGCGGACGAUACACACAUUUACACACAAUGAGUACAGCUUCAAGGUAGGGGCGGACGAUACACACAUUUACACACAAUGAGUACAGCUUCAAGGUAGUUGCGGACGAUACACACAUUUACACACAACGAGUACAGCUUCAAGGUAGGGGCGGACAAUACACACAUUUACACACAAUGAGUACAGCUUCAAGGUAGUUGCGGACGAUACACACAUUUACACACAAUGAGUACAGCUUCAAGGUAGGGGCGGACAUUACACACAUUUACACACAAUGAGUACAGCUUCAAGGUAGGGGCGGACAUUACACACAUUUACACACAACGAGUACAGCUUCAAGGUAGGGGCGGACAUUACACACAUUUACACACAAUGAGUACAGCUUCAAGGUAGGGGCGGACAUUACACACAUUUACACACAAUGAGUACAGCUUCAAGGUAGGGGCGGACAUUACACACAUUUACACACAAUGAGUACAGCUUCAAGGUAGGGGCGGACAUUACACACAUUUACACACAACGAGUACAGCUUCAAGGUAGGGGCGGACAUUACACACAUUUACACACAAUGAGUACAGCUUCAAGGUAGGGGCGGACAUUACACACAUUUACACACAAUGAGUACAGCUUCAAGGUAGGGGCGGACGAUACACACAUUUAAACACAAUGAGUACAGCUUCAAGGUAGGGGCGGACAUUACACACAUUUACACACAAUGAGUACAGCUUCAAGGUAGGGGCGGACGAUACACACAUUUACACACAAUGAGUACAGCUUCAAGGUAGGGGCGGACGAUACACACAUUUACACACAAUGAGUACAGCUUCAAGGUAGGGGCGGACAUUACACACAACGAGUACAGCUUCAAGGUAGGGGCGGACGAUACACACAUUUACACACAACGAGUACAGCUUCAAGGUAGGGGCGGACGAUACACACAUUUACACACAACGAGUACAGCUUCAAGGUAGGGGCGGACGAUACACACAUUUACACACAAUGAGUACAGCUUCAAGGUAGGGGCGGACGAUACACACAUUUACACACAAUGAGUACAGCUUCAAGGUAGGGGCGGACGAUACACACAUUUACACACAACGAGUACAGCUUCAAGGUAGGGGCGGACGAUACACACAUUUACACACAAUGAGUACAGCUUCAAGGUAGUUGCGGACGAUACACACAUUUACACACAACGAGUACAGCUUCAAGGUAGGGGCGGACGAUACACACAUUUACACACAAUGAGUACAGCUUCAAGGUAGUUGCGGACGAUACACACAAUGAGUACAGCUUCAAGGUAGGGGCGGACAUUACACACAAUGAGUACAGCUUCAAGGUAGGGGCGGACAUUACACACAAUGAGUACAGCUUCAAGGUAGGGGCGGACGAUACACACAUUUACACACAACGAGUACAGCUUCAAGGUAGGGGCGGACGAUACACACAUUUAAACACAAUGAGUACAGCUUCAAGGUAGUUGCGGACGAUACACACAUUUACACACAAUGAGUACAGCUUCAAGGUAGGGGCGGACAUUACACACAUUUACACACAACGAGUACAGCUUCACGAUUGUGCUGAGACCAUAACAAUAUGAGUGUGUGCUUUGGUUCUAGGUUCCGGAGUUUGAUGGUAAGAAUGUGUCGUCGGUGAUGGGGUUCGACAGUAACCAGCUGCCUGCCAACGCACCCAUCGAGGACCGGCGCAGCGCUGCCACCUGUCUGCAGACGCGGGGGAUGCUGCUGGGAGUGUUCGACGGCCAUGCGGGCUGUGCCUGUGCACAGGCGCUGAGUGAGAGGUUGUUCUACUACGUAGCCAUGUCCUUGAUGCCCCAUGAGACCCUGUGUGAGCUGGAGUCGGCAGUAGAGGCAGGCAGACCCCUCAGCCCCAUCCUGCAGUGGCACAAACACCCCAACGACUACUUCACCAGGGAGGCACAGACUAUGUACUUCAACAGCCUCAGAACCUACUGGCAGGAACUCAUAGACCUCAGCAGUCCAGGGGAGAGCCUAGGGCCCAGAGAGGCGUUGCUGAGUGCCUUUAAGAGACUGGACAGUGACCUGUCUCUGGAGGCUCAGGUGGGAGAUGCCAAUUCCUUCCUCCACUACUGGGUUCUGAGAGUGGCCUUCUCUGGAGCGACUGCCUGCGUAGCUCACAUCGAUGGAUCCGACCUGUAUGUAGCGAACACGGGCGACGGCCGGGCGGUGCUGGGGGUCCAGGAGGAGGACGGCUCGUUCAGCGCUCACACGCUCUCCAACGACCACAACGCCCAGAAUGAGAACGAGGUGGCCCGCAUCCAGGAGGAGCACCCCCCCUCUGAGAAGAAGACUGUCGUACGACAGGACCGGUUGUUGGGCCUGCUGAUGCCGUUCCGUGCGUUUGGAGAUGUGAAGUUCAAGUGGAGCAUUGAUUUGCAGCGAGGUGUGUUGGAGUCAGGACCAGACCAGCUCCAUGACAACGAACACACCAAGUUCAUCCCCCCCAAUUACCACACCCCUCCCUACCUCACGGCCGAGCCUGAGAUCACACACCACCGCCUCCGACCUCAGGACCGCUUCCUGGUGCUGGGUACAGACGGGCUGUGGGAGACGCUCCACCGACAGGAGGUGGUCCGGAUCGUAGGGGAGUAUCUAACGGGGGUCCACCAGCGCCAGCCCCUCACCGUGGGGGGUUACCAUGUCACCCUGGGACAGAUGCAGGGGCUGCUGGCUGAGAGGAAGGCCCGUGCCUCCUUGGCGUUCCAGGACCAGAACGCUGCCACCCACCUGAUUCGCCACGCGGUGGGCAACAAUGAGUUUGGAGCAGUGGACCACGAGACGCUGUCCAAGAUGCUGUCUCUCCCUGAGGAACUGGCCCGCAUGUACCGUGACGACAUCACCAUCAUCAUCACACAGUUCAACCCACACGUGGUUGGACACCAGCGCCAAGGGGGGGAGUCCUGAGCCAGCUCAGCCUAUCAGAGGGGAACGUGGACAUGAACAGGAAGUUUACUUUCUAGGAGGAAAAACACUGAUGUGAGGACUGGGUCUUGCUACAGACACAUGGUUAAGCCCUAAUUUUUAUUUUACCAAACGUGCACAAAACAUACUGUUUAUGGACUAACCCUGCAGAGGGAGGACUGUCUACCUUCGGACUCCUUAUUUUAGGAUUGUUAUUGAAGAGGUGCGUGUACAGUAUGUGCACAUGUGAGCACACAGUCCUGGUCAUGUGGAUUGUUGAAAGGCUUGCUGAAACUGAUCACAAGUUGGCUCUUUUGUGGCCUUGUGUGUGUAUGAAGCUUUUAAAGGAUAUUUGAUCAAGCUCCCUGCAGCUGCUCUGCUCUGUCACAGUCUCUGCCCAUAGGAAACUUUCAUUUGUGCCAAAAGAGUUGCUGCUUUAUAACUAUGUUGUCUGAGCAUUGAGGUAAUGAUACGGUGGCAGCCUUUGUGUUUGUUCAAUCUGGCCUGUCUUCAUUGCUAGCCUGGUGUCAGAUCUCUGUCUGAGGUAACCAUGGAAUUAGGAAUUGAACUGUAACCAUCUCCUGUCAUGUUCAUGCCAAACCUCCAGGAGUGACUGAAACAGAGACAGAAUUAGUCAUUGUUGGUAGGACACUAACCAUGGUGGUGUGGUUCUAGGCUUUUAUAGGUCAAAUGAAGGGUGUGCAUAAUAGGAGGUUGUUUAUCUUAUGGUGGUGUAUAUUUAGGAGAGGAAAGAAUGUAAAGCUGAAGGUGGCUCUGUCUGGACGCUGGCUGAAUACUUGAAGGUUAUUUAUGCAACUUUUAAUAUGUCGCAGGUAUUUAUCCACAAUUAUAUGAGAUGUGACAGGUAUGUAUGUACAGUGUCUUUACCUGUUUAGGCUUGAGAUUAAAGUUUUUUGUAUUUGGAAACUUUUAAUAAAACACUAACUACACACAA